GCUACAUCAUGAAGGACAGACAAGACGCCAGCCUCGUCGGCAAGCACUGCCAGUACGAAUACUGCAACCAGCUCGACUUCCUCCCCUUCUUCUGCCAGUCCUGCACCAAGACCUUUUGCCUGGACCACCGCUCGGAAUCGGCUCACAAGUGCGCAAACCCGGGCGCGUGGGCGGAGCGCAAGCGACAGGCCCAGCUGGCGAAGCCGUCCAUCGGCCAGGGGAGGACGCUACGGGACAAGAUUCCAGAGAAGCCAUGCGCGUCGCCAGAGUGCGAGACGACAAUCGGGACGUCGCGGACGCCGGGAGUGCACUGCGAGACGUGUAAUCGGGAUUACUGCCUGAAGCAUCGCUUCAAGGACGACCACAACUGCAAGAAUUUGACGCCUAUCGGGGCGCGACCUAUUCAGAUCGAUGUCGCCCAGAGGACGAAAUCCGCCCUGGACCGGCUUCGAGCAUGGGGGACGGCAAAGAAGGAGCAGGCUGGGAGGGCAUUGCCCAAGCCGAAACCCAGUUCAGCAGCGGCUAGAAUGGUGGCCGUCAACAACCUCAAGAAGACGGCAAAAGGCGAUGACAAGCUGGCGCCGGAGAAGCGCGUCUACGUGUACGUGGAGGCCGAGGCCGAGACAGCAAAGGCCAAGUUUCCCAAGGGGGAGUUUUUCUAUUCCAAGGACUGGGUCGUCGGCCGGUUGCUGGAUGCGGCAGCACGGAGCCUCCAAGUACAAAAUGUCAACAACCAGAGUUCCGAUGAGAGGGACAAGUUACGAGUUUUCCAUGUCGAAGGAGGCCGAGUGCUGGAUUAUGGAGAAAAGGUUGGCGCGGCGAUACAGAGUGGGAAUACCCUCGUUUUGCUGAGGGGCGUUGGUGCGCCUGCAGACUUGAUAGAUGUUUGA